AGGUGGAGACUCAGCGGUCCAACUGCAGAAGCCUCUCCAUGUGACAGAGAGCUGGGUUCCAGCUCCGGGAGCCGCCGGAGUCUGAAUACGGACUGCAAGCUCUGUCCACUGUCCCGGAGCCAACAGACACCAGCUCGUGGGGAACGCUUGGUGUUUGGCCGUACCGCCGUAGAACUUGUGGUGUAGAGUGAACUGCUGACUCCAGGGCAAGUUCUUGAGGGACCCCGCGGAGACCCGGGAAUCUCCAGAGAGACUGAGAGGCGGAGCGGCGAGGCGAGAUUUCUGUCCGCGCCGGCGCCCCCAAUCUUGGAAUCAUGAACGGCUUCACGCCUGAGGAGAUGAGCCGCGGCGGGGAUGCCGCCGCUGCCGUGGCCGCAGUGGUCGCUGCCGCCGCCGCCGCCGCAGCCGCUUCGGCGGGGAACGGGGCCGGGGCGGGAGCAGGAACUGAGAUGCCCGGCCCCGGGGCAGUCUCGGCGGCUGGACCCCCGGGAGCAGCUGGACCGGGCCCGGGGCAACUGUGCUGUCUGCGGGAGGACGGUGAGCGGUGCGGCCGGGCGGCAGGCAACGCCAGCUUCAGCAAGAGGAUCCAGAAGAGCAUCUCCCAGAAGAAGGUGAAGAUCGAACUGGAUAAGAGCGUAAGGCAUCUUUACAUUUGUGAUUAUCAUAAAAACUUAAUUCAGAGUGUUCGGAACAGAAGAAAGAGAAAAGGGAGUGAUGAUGAUGGAGGAGAUUCACCGGUUCAAGAUAUUGAUACUCCUGAGGUUGAUUUAUACCAGUUACAAGUAAAUACACUUAGGAGAUACAAAAGACACUUCAAACUUCCAACCAGACCAGGACUUAAUAAAGCACAACUUGUUGAGAUAGUUGGUUGCCACUUUAGGUCUAUUCCAGUGAAUGAAAAAGACACCUUAACAUAUUUCAUCUACUCAGUGAAGAAUGACAAGAACAAAUCAGAUCUCAAGGUUGAUAGUGGUGUUCACUAGGAGAGAUGGAAUUGAGACUAAGACUUGGAUGUUCAGAUGUUAAGACUGUUUACUGCUUUUCAUGUGUAGAAAUAAAUGUUCCUGUGUAUUUUUUCUACAGAGGAUUUUCUCUGGUUUUAUUUUCUUUGUUUCUGAUUCUAAUAAUUAGUUGGAAACUCGUGUAAAAUGAGCUUUCCUAGAUUAACAACUAUUUUAAAUAAAGGUUAUUACUAUUA